CUUAGUAAAACGAUAAUUCAAAUUCCACGGGAGGAUCAACGCAUCUCGCCAAAGAUGUGCUUUUUUUAAAAAAAGGGCUACGACGAUUGAAAACACGCGUGAUUCCAUGGUUCUUUCCUUGUCUUGUCAUGUGUCCACGUAACACCAGUACAAGUAGUUUGUACCCAGCCGAUGUAGCCAGCCAAUAAUUACGAGAGGGUUAGCAGUAUAACAGCAUUGCCUCGACAGACAUGCCGUUUGAAAUCAAACGUUCGCGCUGCAACGACUUCCUCACUUCACUACUGCAGUGCCAACUUCAAGUCAGCAAACUUGCAAGCUGGUUCACAAGUAGACAAGAGAUCGACAGACACUUUCCAUAGCUCCGUUAUCGAAGUAGAGGAGAUCCCAAUCGGUAGCAGUAUACCACCGAUACGUCAAAUGAGUCGGUUAACAGCAAUAACAAUUCUGGGUCUCGCCUCCACGGCUCCUUCGGGAGUCGAAUCGUUCUCUAGUCUAGCGACAAGAAAGGCUUCUCCUGCCUUGUAUAAAUCGUCACUAGGAAUGUUGAACGGCGAGAGGAUAUCGAUCUCUCCAAGGGGUGAUGGCGGAAACAACGGCAAUCAAUCCUUCCAAAGCAGCAGCCGCUUGCAAAUGGGAUCAGACUUUUCGUCGCAUCCUUACUCGCACUAUUACGGAACAUCUGGUAGUACCGCAAAGCAGAACUUUGAGCAAAACGACCAAAUCAACGAUAUUUACGGAUACGGUGCUGGAGCUGGACCAAGAGAUCCCUCUGCCAUAGAAGAUGAUCCACUCGGGGACAUGGACUACGAUAUGUACGACGACUACUAUGAUGGUGUCGAUGGACGCGAUAGACGAAUGAGGGAUAGAGGGAGCCGUAGAAUGGACGAUAUGCGGGGCCGGGGAAUGCGGGACGGACCACGCGAUCGAGGGAGCCGCCGACUAGAUGAUUUGCGUGAGGGACCACGUGGCGGCCCUCGUCGCCGAGGUGCGCCCAAUUUCAGCAAGCGAUUUGUCGAGGAGGAACGCAUGAUGGAAGAAGAUCGUCGUCUGCGCGAUCUCGAGUUUCGCCGCAGAAACAAUGAUCUCGCGGAGCGUGUCGAGGAACGUCAUGUAUUGGAUCGAAUGGACGAGUUGAUUAUGGAACACGACCGCCUGGCCCGCCGAUUGGAUGCCAUGGAAGCAAAAUCGGAGGAACUCAACCGAGAAUCCAACGAGCGCGCCGAUGAGAUGUUGCGUGUAGUUCAUGAAGAACAGCAAGAAGCAACGAAGCGCAUGAUGGAGAGCGUUCUUGGGGAACUACAGAUCGUGCAACGUACACUACUGGCAGUCCAGAACGAACAGCGCCGUGUCGGAUUCGAUCCCGAUGUCGAUGGUGCGCCUCCUUCACCUAUUGGAGGACCAGACAUGGGUAUUCCACCGCCGCCGAAAGGAAAUGGACCGAAUGAUGGUGGUCCAAGAGGCCGUGGCCCUAUGGAUGGAGGUCCCAUAGGAGGUGGAAGUGGCGGAGUAGAGACUCCUCCACCUUCUACUCCACCUCCCAAUCCGACGGUAGGGGCUGAAGUCCCUCCUCCACCUCCUCCGACUGCGGAAACUCCACCGCCUCCUACGAUGGAAGCACCGCCACCGCCACCACCACCUCAAUCUCCUCAAACUGGUCAGAAUUACGGUGAUGCUAAACAAUCAGGCACUGGUCCAAUUUCACCACCUCCGCCGCCUUCUCAAACAUCAGUAGGCAAUCCUCCUUCUGGCGCUUCUUACAGCAAUACUGGAGUCCCUCCACCACCCCCUCAGCAAGGUCCUGGCUCUCCACCACCGCAGGGAUAUUCGCAGCAGGCUCCUCCCCCCCCGCAAUAUCAACAACCACCACCGCCGGGAUACCAACAGCAGCCACCUCCAAAUUUCGACUUUGACAACGAAGAUGAUAUUCGUGAACGUCCCCCACCCGCGAAAGCCAUCAUCAACGGUGGUGUUAACGGAAAUACAGGCGGAGGAACCUUUAAGACCGGACCACCGAAGAUGGUCGACCCCGAUGCCUAUGGAAAUGCCCUAGGGACUGACGAACCCACAAACAGUUUUCAACAACGAAAAAUGGGGCUUCGAGAGAAGCCACAACCCCCUGAACGAUCGACUGAACCUCGCAAACAAACACUGAGAGAUCGCAUCUUCCAGGAAAAGGGACGCGACGAAAAUCAGCAACACUAUGGAGAACAACCACGACAGAACCAGCAGCCACCACCGCCCCCUCCUCAACAGCAACAGCGAGGAGGAAUUCCACCUCAGGGGCAACCACCACAGGCUCAGAGAGGAGGUUACGGCGGCCCACCACCGCCUCCGCAGCAGCAGCAGCAGCAGCCUGGACAAACUCCUUUCCCUCAAACGAUGCAGCCGCCACCACAGCAAACUCCACCACCGCCACCACCACAACAGCAAGCUCCUCCUCCACCUCCACCACCAUCGUACUACGAUAAUCAGGAUGCGGGAAGUGGUUACCCUCAAGGUGGUGUAAACACCUUUGAGCCUGGUGGUCAACGGGCGAGUAACAAUCGUCGCCCGCCGCCCUCAAAAUCGAAUUCUUUUGGAAAUUUUGGUGGACAGGGAUCAGGACGCCCGCGUGGAAAGGCCUCUGGCUUUGGAGGAGGACAAAGUGGUAGGGGAGGAGGCCGAGGGCCUAAAAACUUUGGAGAGGAAACCGGUAGUAUCACAUUCACAGAUUCACCUGAUGGUGGGCGAUGCUUUUUGACAUAAACAAGAACCAAUUGAAUUUUAAUCUUUCAUGCGUUCCAAUGUAAGCGAAGUAGGCAAAUGUAUCCUCUACUCUGCCGAGCCGCUUGAAACCAGUAUCGGAGUCGCUUAUAUAAUAAAUUGACUAUCGAAUG